GCCUACUAGUGCCCACAAACCAUUUCGUUAUAAAAGCCCUGAUAAAGCACACAUAACGCACUCUCUCUGCUCCUUCACAACAAUGGCAGCCAUAACAACCAAAGACGAUUCGGACUAUGACAGCAGCUGCUCAUCCAUAACGGUUCCGGAUUCGAGCCGGAGCUGGAUGAGCAACCUGAGCUUCAGCAGCCGCCGCCAGAGCUCGGUCUCCGUUUGCUCCUCCACCACUGAAGCCUCUCUGCUUUCCUCUGCUCACAAGCCCCACAAGGCCAACCAACCUGCAUGGGAAGCCAUGCGGCGGCUCCGCAGCUCCAAAGGCCGAGUUGGGCUCGACCAUUUUCGGCUCCUCCGCCGCCUAGGAAGUGGCGACAUUGGAAAUGUGUACCUUUGCCAGAUAAGAAACCCAGUUGUGGGUUUGCCGCAGUGCUUUUACGCGAUGAAAGUGGUUGACAGAGAAGCACUUGCUAUAAGAAAGAAGCUGCACAGAGCUGAGAUGGAGAAGGAGAUUCUGGACAUGCUUGAUCACCCUUUUUUGCCUACUCUCUACGCUGAGUUUGAUGCUUCUCACUACUCUUGCUUGGUUAUGGAGUUUUGCCCCGGCGGCGACUUGUUCGCUGCCCGUCAACGCCUCCCCGGAAAAUGCUUCAGCAUCUCAUCUGCUAGGUUUUACGCGGCGGAGACACUGUUAGCUCUAGAGUAUCUGCACAUGAUGGGGAUUGUUUACAGAGACUUGAAGCCUGAAAAUGUACUGGUUAGAGAGGAUGGACACAUCAUGCUCUCAGAUUUUGAUCUCUCCCUCAAAUGCGACGUGGUUCCAAAAUUGCUAAGGCGAAAAUCGGAGCUAGAAUCGGACCAGAAGAGCGCAAAGAGUUCAUCAAUGUCGUAUUGUGCUGCCGCGCCCAUGCAGCCUGUGCUCUCUUGCUUCUCUGCCUCCCACAAGAAAAAGAAGGGCACAGUCACAACCAUAACAGAACAAGUUGGUGCUGAUAAUGAUGUUAAUCAUGAUUAUGAUGAUGAUUAUAAAGAGCUGAACCCGGAAAUGGUGGCCGAACCAAUCCACGCCCGCUCCAAGUCAUUCGUGGGGACCCACGAGUACUUGGCGCCUGAGGUGAUCUCAGGGCAAGGCCAUGGAAGCGCGGUGGACUGGUGGACAUUCGGAGUGUUUUUGUAUGAAAUGUUGUACGGGCGGACGCCUUUCAAAGGAGAAAACAAUGAGAAAACCCUAAUCAACAUUCUUAAGCAGCCAUUAAGGUUUCCAAGAGUUGUGGUCAGCAGCAGCAAAGAGCUUGAGGAAAUGGUCAGAGUUCAAGACUUGAUUAGCAAGCUACUGGUGAAGAAUCCCAAGAAGAGAAUUGGGUGCUUAAAGGGAUCUGUGGAGAUCAAAAGGCAUGAUUUCUUUAAGGGUGUGAAUUGGGCUUUGAUUAGGUCAGUUAGGCCUCCUCAUGUCCCUAGUAGUGAUUUGCAUAAUAAGAAUAGGAAUAAUCGAGUUAAUUACUUGCCUAAGUUAAGCAAAAAGGAGAGGGAUGAACCAUUUCAGAUCCCUCAUCAUGUUGAUUAUUUCUAAUUUUAUUGCUUAGGUUAAUGUUGUACAUAGGUAAAACAGAAAGCAUAUUUAUUUUCAUGCUUGACACCAAAGAAACUAAGAAUUUUCCUUUGUUUUUCCUACUAA